AUGUCAAAAACAUUGGAACUUCCGUGGGUAGAAAAAUAUAGGCCUCACGUAUUGGAUGACAUAGUUGGAAAUGAAGAAACGAUAGAACGAUUAAAGAUUAUUGUGCAAGAUGGCAACAUGCCUAAUAUGAUAAUUAGUGGACUACCUGGGAUUGGGAAAACCACGUCUGUUCACUGUUUGGCGUAUGAAUUAUUGGGUAAAGAGCACUACCACCAAGCUACAUUGGAACUUAAUGCAUCGGAUGACAGAGGAAUUGAUGUUGUGAGGAACAAAAUAAAACAGUUUGCUCAGACAAAGAUUCUGCUUCCACCAGGAAGGACAAAGAUUAUAAUUUUAGAUGAGGCAGAUUCUAUGACUCCUGGUGCACAACAAGCAUUGAGAAGGACCAUGGAAAUAUACUCAAAUACUACAAGAUUUGCAUUUGCUUGUAAUCAAUCGCUGAAAAUCAUUGAGCCACUACAAUCACGUUGUGCUAUAUUGAGAUAUAACAAGUUAUCAGAUGAGGAAGUUUUGAAAAGACUUUUGGAUAUUAUCAAGUCGGAGAAUGUGCAAUAUAACAACGAGGGCUUGCAAGCCUUGAUUUUCAGUGCUGAAGGAGAUAUGAGACAAGCUAUUAAUAACUUGCAGAGUACAGUUGCUGGAUUUGGCUUUGUUAAUGAUGUCAACGUGUUCAAAAUUGUUGACCAACCACAUCCGCUCGUGAUUCAGAACAUCUUGUCAAAUUGUUUGCAAGGAGAUGUGGAUAAGGCUUUGGGUUUAUUGGAUGGUCUUUGGCACAAAGGGUACUCAGCAAUCGAUAUAGUGACACUGACGUUCAAAGUUGCCAAAACUAUUCCCAACGUCGAUGAGCUGAAACGAUUGAAUAUGAUUAAAGAGAUUGGAUUUGUCCAUAUGAGAGUGUUGGAAGGUGUUGGUAGUUAUUUACAGCUUUGUGGUAUGUAUGCAAAGAUUUGCGAUUUAUGA